AUGGAAGGAAGUACCGUCCACAAGGAGCAUAGUGCCUUGGAAGAGAGGCUAAAAAUUGCUGGUCCGGCUUCUUCUUUAUUCAGCGAAUCUACACAAAGCCCUUUCGAUUCCCUAUUUUCCUCCACAAACACUUCAAAAACUGUCAGCGAUUCAAAAUCCUCGACCCAGCAUCAUGACUCAGCCUCGUCAUUCUUUGAAAAUUACAACAGUGGAAAUGAACAUUCAACCACCACUACACAAACGAAUUCGUAUUAUGGAUAUUCAAGUGCUCCACAAUUUGAAUCAGAUGCCACAAGUAUAGCACAACAUAAUACAUAUUAUAAUGGACAUUACUCUUCAGUACAAGCUAAUGGCAUUAACGAAACAAGUACCAAUCAGAAUCAUGACUAUACAGGAUCUGGUCAUGAUAAUUCAUUAUAUGCCACCAGUCAGUAUUAUUACUCACAACAGCAAUAUUAUUAUGAUCCCUCCCUCGGUUAUUACUACGAUCCUAAUCAUUACGAUCCUAAUCAAAAUUACGACUCUAACCAAAACUACGGUCCAAAUCUAAACUACGAUUCGAAUCAGAAUUACGACCAAAAUCAAACAUACAACCCCAAUCAAACAUAUGACCCUAAUCAAACGUACUAUCCUAACCAGACAUACGACCCUAACCAAGCUUACAAUUCCAAUCAAGCUUACGAUUCCAAUCAAACUGACGAUCUCAAUCAAACAUACGACCCUAAUCAAACCUACGACUCUUCACAAUACUAUCAAUACGGAUUUGAGUCGGUGGAUAAAAAGCAAGAUGCCAAUCAUAUUGAUUCUCAUGCCUCUUAUUCUCACGAGACAAUCGAAGAUACCGAAGAAAAGCCUAGUGAAGAAAAUGUCAAAAAUUUAGUUCAUAAAUUACCGCGUUUGGAAGAAAAAUCGGUGGCGACGUCUUCCGAGCAUCAAAUAGGUAGUUUGACCGACAUUCAGACGAACGCAUCCGUUGAAAUUAGUGACAACGUAAGUAGUCAGAUCGACAAUAACGGUGACGAGUUAACAACCGCGGUGCUGGAACUUUCUGAAGUUCCUCUAGAUUUAUCAAAAGUUGACGAUAAAUCUGUUAUUGAGGAGAUAGAAUUUGAGGAAAUUGAGUUCUCUGUACAAAAGGAACGGGAUGCCGAAGUUCAGAAAGAAGAAUUAGCACCCGUGAAAUUUCAAGAACUAUCCUCGGUGGAAUCAUUGGACCAUAAUCUUGCUGCAGUAACAUCCGUAGAGACCAUUGAAUUAAAUCAAGAUCAUGCACAGUUGUCGGUGACUUCUAUUGAUAAUGAGAACGAGUUACCCCAAAAUUCUACGGACGAGAAUAAUGAAUCAAAUGGUAUAGAGGUCUUCGAAGAGCAAGAAGUUAAUAUAACUCAUGGAGAUGAUCAUGACAUAUUUGAAUAUCAACCCCGCGAAUUGGAAAUUCAACAAAAAUCAGAUGUUUCCCUUGAUGAUCAACUUAUGUCGACAUUAGUAAAAGAAAAUGCACAAGUUGCCUCAGAUUUAAUUACGCUAAACGAGCAGGAAGAAAUAAAUACAUUAGCAAUUAAGGAGCCAGAAAAAUUGGAUGACCUGGAUGAUUUGAUUCUCGGUUCAGCAACAUCUAAACCAUCAGAAGCAUUAAAUGAGGGUAUUGCAACAAACGCACAAGAAGAACUUAACAUUUCUCGAGAAAUUGGGGAAGCCGUCGAUGGUUCAUCCGAAUUGUACCAAUAUAAUUACACCAAUUCAGACUAUUCCUCUGAGCAGUGGGGAACUAAUGAUGCAAACAAACAAUAUCAAAAUUAUGAUCCUAAUCAGACUUCAGCUGACACAAAUAACUAUGGGCAUUGGGGAACCAGUGAUGCAGAAAAACAGUAUCAAAUUUACGACCCUAGUCAGACUGCCGUCGACACGAAUAGUAUUAUUCAUCAAUGCGAAUAUGGUUUAGAUCAAAGUGUAGUAAAAGACUCGACAAAUGCGAGCAAAUUAGAUUACUCGUACAAAGAAUACUCUGGAUAUGAUGUUAGACAGGAUGUGUUAAAUGAUACUAAUAUCGGGGAAAAUCAGGAUAUCCCUUACUCUUAUUAUAACUCUAUUCCCGGAGCUGAAACAGUAUCAGACAAUUGUAACGUCACGAGAGAGUCGGAUCCUCCUCAUUCAGAACAUAAUGCUGGUUUAGGAAUUGGAACGAAUGAUUACGGUUAUUAUUAUCAAAAUCAAGAUUCUAAUUCAAACAUUAUCGAUUAUACGACCGAAAUCCAUGACUCAACCCACCAAUACUCAGGUUAUGAUCAAAGCCAAAUUGCAGUUCCAACAAAUCCUAAUGAAACAAUAGAAGCUCAAGGAUCAAAUUAUCAAUACUCUGGGUAUGAACAAAGUCAAAAUGCAAUUUCAAAUAGCCUUAACGAAACAGCAUUAGACCAGAGUCGAACAGCUAUUGAUGGUCAAGAGUCCAUCUAUCAUUAUCCAGUUUAUGAUCAGAGUCGAUCGGCUAAUACCACGCCUCAGUCAAAUACCUCGCCGAUUUCUCCAACCCCUAAAUUAGUAAAUUGUGUUUAUCCUCAAUGUACAGGAGAAAAUAAUCCCAGUGCAAAAUUCUGUUCAGAAUGUGGACGACCAGUCGCUAACUCAUCCCGGAAUACAACUCCAGCAACUCAUUAUGGAGAAUCAAAUUAUCAUCCGAAACAUUCUAUGUCGUUUCCUCCAUACGCUCUGUCACAAGGAUCACAUUCCACAUCGUCUUUUGCAUCUUUUGGUUAUCAUUCUUCGUCACCUGUAUCGGAAGCGCAAAAUGCAUCAGGGUUGCCACCGCAGUGGCAGUAUAAUACCGAGGCCACAUCUGAGAUUAACGAUCCAUUGGGAAGAACGAAAGGGCACCCCGUCGUGGCAUUUGGAUUUGGCGGGAAAAUAUUUACCAUGUUUCCUCGUACGGUGCAACGUUUUACUAGUUCGACACAAAAUAUGCCCAUUACGAAAUAUGCGCCUGGUGUCUUUAAAAUUAACACGCUAAAGGAUAUUAUUUCCUUACCGGGUAUUGAAGAAUUUCCAGGUCCAUUAUUGAUGGAUAAUAAUAAAGGCGGUGUGAAAGCAAAGAAGAAACAAGUAUUGAAAUAUCUGGAUGAUCAACUUAAGAUUUUCGAGGAUUCUUUGGGUACUUUUGUCGGUGAGAAAAUGGAAAAGAAAAAAUUAAAAGAUAGUAUAAUUGUAUGGAACAUAUUAAAAAUUAUGUUUGAAAAUGAGGGCGCCCUUUUUGGAAGUUCGAAGGUCGAGGAGGCUGUACGAAGUGUCUUGGUUCCAUCUGUAAAAACGAGAGAUGACGAUGCCAAUUUUACUGUUCCCGCUGAUAAUGAUUUUGACUCCCAGCAAAGUUCAUCAGAUUCUCCUGCUACACCUCCAAUCGUGUAUACCGUUUCACCUGAAGCAAUCGACACGAUGCAAGGCCUACUACUCAAAGGGGAUCGCGUGGCUGCUAUAAAUCAUGCAAUGAAUGAAAACUUAUGGGCCCACGCUCUGAUAAUCGCAAGUUGUGUUAAUAAAGAACAAUGGAAGGAAGUUGUGAGUGGUUUUGUCAGGCAUGAACUGGGAUCUCAAAAUAGCGACUCCCCUCAACUAAAUGGAAGGGAAAGUUUACGGGUAUUAUAUUCUUUAUUUGCUGGACACGGUCAAAAUUCUGUUAAACAUUUUCUGCCUCAACCAACGUUGCUCAAUCGUGCUACUUAUUCAUCGGCCACCAUAUAUCCUAAUCACCAAGUGCCCAACCCCACUAAUAAUGCACAAUAUGGAUCCCCGUAUUCAUCUUCGGCUGCGAGUGAUUCACCUCUCGAAAACCUAGAGAGGUGGCGAGAAACUUUGGCAAUGAUUUUAGCCAAUCGUUCACCCGGAGAUAACCAAGCAAUUACCGCAUUAGGAGAUAUGUUAAAAGAAUGUGGAUGGAUUCAUGCUGCUCAUAUCUGGUACGAAUUUUGGAUUGUUUGA